AUGCAAUGGGGCAUUCGCCUUACCACCCGAGAGCGCUGCAAUGGGCCGUUGGCCAGAUGGGGAUCAACGGACAAGAAGCUCCUGAUUUUCACUGCAAGGUUCAAAUCACAAGUCACGUAA